AUGAAGGAAGGAAAUUGCACCUUAUUUGAAUAUGAUGCCAUGCUAUUAAGGUGCGUGUUAAAAAACGGUACAGAUGAUGUGAUGGAUGAUAGUAAAAUGCAUAGAAAAUUUGAUCAUAACAUUGCAUUGUUCCAGCAGCUUUGUCUUCCUGAUGAGCAAAUAUGUCCCUCGCCAUAUGCUUUCGAACGUUUUCCGGGUUUUAUAUUAUUAGGAAUUGCAAAAGAAGUAAUUAAAUAUGCAUCGUUGGAGGAAUGCUUAAAUAUUUGUUUAUCUGUCAAAACAAGAACGGAAAUGGAAUGCAGGUCAGUGAUGUAUUAUUAUGAUACUGGCGAAUGUAUUCUUAACAGUGAUAAUCAAGUAACAAGUGGAACCAUGCUAACCAAUAAUACUUCAAAUAUGCGAGUUGACUAUUUUGAAAAUUACUGCUUAGAUGUAAAGUGUCCCAGUAGUUCUACCAUGCACUGGAUCAAAGUGAGUGGAUUUAAAAUAAAUGAUAAGCAUAAUAUUUUAAUGGAGCAUGUAACAAAGGAGGAGUGCUGCAAUUAUUGCCGCAAAAAUGAAGUUGAUGGACAAAUUUUUCCAUGCAAGUUAUAUGCAUACAAUGAAGAUAGAAUGACAUGUUAUUUGACUUCAAAAUCUGGUUUAGCAAAUUUACCAAUGUCUUUGCCGGAUGACGAACUCAUUGAUAAUUUGAAAAAAUAUGAAUACUACGAAAAAAUUUGUCUACAAGGUUCUACACGAUGUCAAGAUAGUAGCUUUGAACAUACUUCAAAUCACGCUUUAUUAACUGAAGCUAAUAAGGUGAUAAUAACCACGAGUGUUGCAAACUGCUUAGAUAUAUGCUUACGUUCUGGAAAGCAGUGCAGUUCAGUGAUGUUUUUUCACAGCAAGGAUGAGUGUGUACUGAAUACGAUAUCACAGGAUUCAAACGCUCAACAACUCCAAUAUUACCCGGAGGUAGAUUACUUUGACAAUGUAUGCGACUAUAAAAUCAAUAUGAACUUGUCAUUGAAAAGUACUGUCAGUGAAUUCUCAUCAAGCAUACAUUCGAAAUUGAAUGGUACAAGUGGUGCACAAAUAGUAGAAACUCAGGCAUUAUAUCUUUCAUUGAAUCAGAAUUUAUUUGGGAAUAGUGAACACGAAGGAUUACUCUUAAAUAACUCAAAUUUGAAAUCAAUGCUUGAAACUUUGGAAACAGAUUGUGGUGCAGAGAGCAUUGUUAUUAAUAUGCAGUUCGAUAAACCUACUAAUGGUGCAAUCUUUAUCAAAGAUCAUUUUGCAACAUGUCAUUUCGAAUAUGUUAACAGUUUAUAUGCAAGAAUGAAAAUAGCAUUGGUCACUCUUCAUCAGGACAAUCCACCUUGUCCUGGCUAUGAAAUUAAUCCUUCGAUAUGGUCGUUCAUAGUUGUGGUACAAAAGAAUGAUUUGGGUGUUCCAGCACUGAUGACUGAUACCGAUCGAAUUUUCAAUAUUUCUUGCGAUUAUUCAAAUAUUCAUAUAGCAGGAAGUUCAGAACAUGAUAAAAUGUUGUCAAGUGACUCAUCACGAGAUUGGUCAUCAUCGCUUGCUUCUACUGAUCAAGUACAGUUAACGGUACUACGUGGAGAUCAACCCGUGAGCACCGCUGUAAUGGGUGAGGAAUUGGAAAUAAAAUGGACUAUAAUGCAGGACAACGAGAAUGACGUGGAAAUGUUUGUAAAUCGUUGUAUAGCCGAACGUUUGGAUGGAAUACCGCCUUUACCUCCUUCACUUACACUUAUUUCUAAUGGGCAUGCUCUUCUAUUAUUAAUAAAUAAUUUGUCAUUUAAUUAUGAAUAUGCAUAUAUCUUCAAAUAUUUGGUAAACUACCUAAUCUCUUACAUUUUUCAAAAUCUUUUUCAAAAUGGAAUAUGUAUUGAAAAUAAAGUAAGAAAAUCGUUAAUGCAGCAUCCAAUUGUACAUGAUGAUAGUGGCUUGAGCACCAAAAUUAAGGUUUUUCGAUUUGAUGGAUCACACCGUGUACGAAUUUUAUGCUCCGUAGAUAUUUGCGCAGAAAAUUGUUCACCCGCUACGUGUAAUAACAUGGAUAAUGGAAGUAUAUUGCAUUUUUCCAAGAAAAAACGACAAAGUUUGAACUACGUUGCUCAAAAAGUUCAUUUUCCUUGUACUUAUUUAUAUACAUAG